UGUAAAAUCCACGGCGGUCCGGCGUGUGUAGUGCCAUGGUCGGGAAAUACACAAUGGUAGAGUUUUUAACAACCACGGUGGUUUAAAGGAGGUAUUUUCGCCACCAAUGCCGCUCGUCCCUCGCCUCCUGUCGGACAUGGCUGUCGGGUAUGGGCUCUAGACUCCAGCGGAGGGCGUGAAGAUGGUUUCAUCACGCGGAGCUCUCUGAAGCAGUCAAAGCACUGAUGGUGUGACAUGAGGUUCCCAGUUAAGCACUGAUGUCGGCGACAUCUGUUAACCGCGUGGAAUUUCGCACAGAUGGAGCGGCGUGUUUGCGCGGAGUCCCUUUAGUGUGUACACACAUGGAUGUUUGCAGAAGAGGAUGGGCUCAGUGUCUCUGUGCCUGAGGAGAUGUCUCUGGGUCGGCUCCUACGGCGUGCCUCCUCCAAGGCAUCCGACCUCCUGACGUUUAACCCCGGUGCGGGCGGCUCAGUGUUGCGCCCAGGUCUAGAUGGGGAGAUCAUCUUCUCCAAAAAUAACGUUUGCGUGCACCCCGCAGAGCCGCUGCCUGGCCUCGCCGAGCACCACCCAGGUUAUCUGUGUGUGCACGUAGAGAAGGAUGAGAGUCUUGGGACCACUUUGAUUUUGACCUGGGUGCCCAAUUCCCGCAUCCAGAGGCAGGAUGAGGAGGCCCUGCGGUACAUCACACCAGAGAGCUCCCCCGUACGCAGGAACGCCCGCCGCAGAGGCCGACGACCACGCUCUCGACCCCCAGCAGCCCAAGAGGAAGACGAGGAUGAGGAGAGGAACGUGUCCCGCAGCACCUCCUUGGAGAGCCAGAGUCUGGCGAUCGGGGUUGGGGCCGAUUCCUCCUCCCAGCCGCGGCAGCAGCUGCCUUCAGCUGGGGAGGAGGCGGACGAGGGUUCCUGUGAGCUGUCGGACGAAGUGAGUCGAGACAGCACCAUGGGGUCGGACUCGGACACCUUCUCCUCCCCGUUCUGCCUGUCGCCAGUUAGCGAGGCCUUGUGUGAGAGCAGCGGCUCUGUCUUCCUGGACAAUGAGAGCAGAGAGCUGUGCGAGGAGUCCAUGAACCACUCAGCCAGCUCUGCAUCGAGUCUGGACAGCCACGCCCCCUCUGAGAGCAGCAGCCAGUUGCAGGGCAUGCGGUGGGAAGAGCAGCAGAAGCUGCUGGCUCUGGAGCAGUUAUGUGGGGUUUUUAGAGUGGACCUGGGUCACAUGAGGUCGCUGAGACUCUUCUUCAGCGAUGAGGCAUGCACCAGUGGCCAACUAGUAAUAGCUAGCAGAGAAAGCCAGUAUAAGAUCCUCCACUUUCAUCAUGCGGGUUUGGACAAGCUAGUCGAAGUCUUCCACCAGUGGAAAUGCUGCAGAGAGACUCAGCCUAAGGACCAGGUUUCAGAUGAGAAGUCCUGCAUGCAGUUCUCCAUUCAGAGGCCCACCCUGCCGUCAGCCGAGACCCACCCGGAGGAGAAGCUUUAUCGACGCUUGGAUGUCACCUCCUGGCUGCACCACCUCAACCAAGACGGACAGGUGGAGGAGGAGUAUAAGCUGCGCAAGGCCAUCUUUUUCGGCGGCAUCGACCCAUCAAUCCGUGGCGAGGUGUGGCCCUUCCUGCUGCACUACUACAGCUACGAUUCCACCUCUCAGGAGAGGGAGGCCUGGAGGUUGCAGAAACGCGCCGAAUAUUACGACAUCCAGCAGAGGAGAUUGUCUAUGAGCCCAGAAGAGCACAGCGAGUUCUGGAGGAAAGUCCAGUUCACCGUGGAUAAAGAUGUGGUCAGAACAGACCGGAGCAACCAGUUCUUCAGAGGAGAGAAUAACCAGAAUGUGGAGAUUAUGAGGCGGAUUCUGCUCAACUAUGCAGUGUUUAAUCCUGACAUGGGUUACUGCCAGGGCAUGUCUGACCUGGUGGCCCCCCUCCUCACAGAGAUCCAGGAUGAAAGCGACACCUUCUGGUGCUUUGUCGGCCUCAUGGAGAACACCAUCUUCAUCAGCUCGCCAAGAGACGAGGACAUGGAGCGGCAGCUGAUGUACCUGCGGGAGCUGCUGCGCCUCAUGCUGCCGCGUUUUCACCAGCACCUCACCAGGCUCGGCGAGGACGGCCUCCAGCUGCUCUUCUGCCAUCGCUGGAUCUUGCUCUGCUUUAAACGAGAGUUUCCCGACACGGAGGCCAUGCGCAUGUGGGAGGCCUGCUGGGCACAUUACCAGACGGAUUACUUCCACUUGUUCUUGUGCGUGGCCAUCAUUGUUCUCUAUGGGGAGGAUGUGACGGAGCAGCAGCUCGCUACCGACCAAAUGCUGCUCCACUUCAGCAACCUCUCUAUGCACAUGAAUGGAGAGCUGGUGCUGCGGAAGGCUCGCAGUCUUCUCUACCAGUUCCGCCUCCUUCCCAGGAUCCCAUGCAGCCUGCAUGACCUUUGUAAACUGUGCGGCCCGGGGAUGUGGGACAGCCGCUACAUCCCCACCGUGGAGUGUUCGGGGGAACACCCGGACUCACAGAGCUGCCCCUAUGGAGGCACGUCUACCCCACAGCCCUCCUCGCCCUCCCCAUCAUCCUCGCCAAACUCGACCCCCACGCCUCUUCUGGAAGGAAAGAGAGGCUUCAAAAAGAGGGACGUUUUCACCUUCCGGAAACAGUCCUGAGGUGGACUGCUGAUUCUCCUGCAGCUGAUUUUUUUUCUUUGCUUAAUCAGGAUUCUUCUGUCUUUAUGUGGUGCAAUGUUGAACACUGCCUUACCAGAAUGUUGUUUUCAGCGUUCUGUAUCACAUGAAUCUGGGAUGGAGACGGUUUGCUGCCAGACAACGGAGAAGCUGCUUUCCUCACUGAGCAGAACUGACAAUCACCAGCGACUGUGUCGGUCUGAGCUUCUUCAAGUUCAGGGCUGCUGCUGCUGGCUUGGCAUUCUUCCACGGGCUUUGUGGGCAGGGGGUCACACCGGGGUCUGAGGCAAGUGGGAGGAAUUCUUGCAGACUCUGAUUCAGGGUCAAAAGACUUGAACUUAACCUUUUGUGCGCUCACAGUGGAAUGUUUGUGUGAAAAUCAAGUUAUUUGUGCACAUCUGAAAGUCUGAGCAGGAAGUUUUGACAUGAAAUCCCAAAUUUUGACAAGAACAAAGAGGAGUUAUUCUAUAGCAGUCAUUGUCAUUUCCUCCUAAAACAAGUAAAUACCUGCCAUUUUGUCACCAAACAAAUAUUUAGCAAUAUUAUAUUCUUGCAUGAUAAAUUCUUUUUACAUAUAAAGGGCACAUCAUAUUAUUGUUGAAAAAUACUGAAAAGCAGAGCUGUUUGUGCGAGUGUGGCACCUGCUUUUCGAUAGGGCUGCAAAUAUUUCCUCAUUAGGCAAUAAGGGAAAAUCCUUCUAAUUUGUUAAGAUUUUUAUUUGAUUAUGUUAGAGAGAAAUUAGCUUUUGAGGCAAAGAUUGUAAAAUCUUAGAUGUCUCUGAUCAUGUUUUCAUUCCAGAUGUCAAGCUGGUGUCUUUUUUUAUUUAUUUUUUACUCAUUUCAAUGUUUGAAUCAGUGACUAAAAUCAAACACGUUUUCCUCUCAUCACAGGCAUCUACUGUUAAUCCUUGAGAUUCUUUAGUCUGAACGUGACCCGAACAGAUCCCUGAACAUCUGGCGAGCUGGAAGGCUUCAUAAUUCCUCUUUUAUUAUAGCAGGCAUCUUGAGGAGAAUCCAGGGGGAGGAAAAUAAAGAUGCAGGACCCCUGUUUAAGUAUUUAUGCUUCAUGCAGAAGAUCGCCUAUAUUGUAAUGUUGCCUCAGGUGUGUUUUUCCACUGGGAGUCCCAGUAACUUUUGCUUCUCUUUCUCAGCUAUCAUGAUGACAAACAGGUGUAGGAAUGAAACCAAAAAAAAAGAGCUAAUGAUGAAAAAAAAAUAUGCAGUGUGUUUUCAUCUCAUGGAUUAAUUUCCAUUAAGAUCACAUUGUUUACACAAACACAAGUCACACUUUGUUUAAAGGGUUGAGUUGUGAUCACGAAUGUACUGUUUCUGUUCAGCUCUGAAUGUUUUACUGUACACCUCACAGGAAGAAACUUACUAUAAGCAUUAAUAAAAACAGCACUAAUGAA